UGUUUGAUGUCAACACGCACCUUCUUAUCAGCGGAUUUGGUUCGAAAACAUCGGUAACAGCGGGCCGCUAACCCGUUGACGACGGCCGAGACAUGCCGACCAAGUAUUACUCCGUGUACAGCCACCGGUACAUGAUCAGCAGGAAUUUUAGUAGAAAAUAUAAGAGAAAGGACUCAUUGAGCCUGUUGCCGGUUGUACGUGACUUGAGAAACGGGGCCGGCGAUAAUCUAAGUGAUCAUGGUUACAACAGAACGAGAAAGGACGAUUCGCUCUGCGACAUCCUGUCGAGUCCGUCAUUCCGAUUCGUUAUCUGCUUGAUCAUCGUAAUGGUUGUCUUACUAUACAAGUCGCUUUACAUGGAUUAUUUCCACUUGAAGAAUGAAAAAUCUUCCAUAUCGAUCAUGAAGACUUCAUGGAACUCUACUAAAACGUUAUACGGAUACGAUAACGGAAAACCGACAAUUGAAGUUAUCGAAAUUUUACCAAAUUGUGGAUUACAAACCAUUUGCUCAGACAAUGCUUUUCCAAUUCAUAUAUAUACAGGAAAAAAUAAAACCGACUUUCCGAGGUUGUGUAUUAUGGGCAAAUACGUUAUGUCAUUCAAUCGGACUGCAGGUGGUCGUGGUAUCAACGUAGCUGUGAUAGAGUCAACUACAUAUACCAUCAUGGAUGUAAAAAACUUUGAUACGUAUGAGUAUAAUAGUUCUAAUUUAGAUGAAUGGCUUGACCACAUGGUUAACGUUGGGGAUGUAGUAAUAUUUUUUACAUUCGACGAGGCAUCUAAAAAAUUAACAAAAAACACUAGAAAUGUCUUAUAUAAUAUGGGGAGUGGGAAAAUUCAAGACUUAUGGUACAGAUGCCAAUGGUACAUGGUGACACAAAAAGGAAUUCAAGGCAUCACGCCGUAUGAAAAAAUUACAUACUCGCAUAAGAACAAUUGGGCAAAUGUAUUAGAUGAAAAAUUAUGUGUUCCAUUUCAAAUAACAGGAAAUCCAAUUGUAUCCGAUGAUUUAUCUAAUCAACAAUUGUCGUUUUGUAAUAACACAUUUGACGAGUACACAAUGUAUUGCAAUGAAAGUAGUGAACACGCCGAAAGCGUUAGUUACGAAUACUCGAGAAGUGAGUCCCGAGAAAGUCAUCGAACAACAACAACUAGUCGAUUGCUCGAUCGAACGGAAUAAAUAGGGUAAUCGCCACCGCGUUGUUAUAAUAUAUUAUAACCAAUAUUAUAAUAUGUUAUUGAUAUACCAGUAGCGAAUCUGUAGGUUGUUCAAGGGGGUAGCUAAUUUUACAAAAUUAUUUAUACGAUGUAUUUUUUUAGUAAUAUAUUAUAUUUAUGAGGGAUUUUUAAUAUGUGAAAUUCUAUUGCCGACAAAUACUUAUGUCGAUAUAAUUCGUUUUAUUUUAUUUCGUUUCGGUUUAUUCGUUGUAUACAUGUGUCUCUUUUACGUAUUAUAAUAUGCCGCGUACAAACGAUACUACGCAGUGUAACGCGCCAAUUAGUUUAGGUUCAUAUAUAUACAUGAGCGUAGUAGGCAUACGUGUAUAUAUUGAUAUAUUAUAUAUUAUUGUUAUAUGCAUGAUAUGCAAUUCAAUAUUAUAUAGGUUAUUUUUGCUAUUGAGGAAUAAAAAUAGUAGCGAGUAUGAUGAUAAUUCCAUCACGGUGGUACGCGGAAUAUCGCCCACGCAUAUUAUAAUAAUAUAUCAAACAUAUUGUGUCCAAUCCCUACAUAACACUGCUGCGGCAGCGGUCUGCGGUAUACAGCGCGUCGAUGACGGAGACCACUCGACGAUUAAUCAAACGAUUGCCCUUUCGACGACCCUUUAUCUCUUUCUUUUUUUCCCCAUUUUUUUUGUUCUUUGGGCGCGUUAAACGAUUUCACACGGGCUAAGUUUUCUGAAUAAGACACCUAUAAAAGUAAAUUAUAAACAGGAUACACACCAAAUCCGAAGAUAAUCGAACAAAAAUGUGGGUAGACUGCCCGAAGUGACAUUGUAAUACAAUACACAUAUAUACCUAUUUAUAUCAUGUAAAAUGCGGUGUGCAAAACCUCCAAAAUUAUUGUGCCUUUUAAACGCUUUAUUUGAUACCUGAUUUCAAUUCCUUUUUUUUUUCUUUUAAUAUAAAAUGUCUAUAACCACAGUUUAUGACAGGAUUAAUAUAUAUUAUUAUAUGUGCAUUGGCGUAUUAUAAAUGUAAAAUGUCAAGUAUGAUUUACUCAAGUUUCAUUCACAACUAUUUCUUGAAAAAAUUACCCGUAAGUACAUGUAUAGUACAUGAUAUAGGUACGUUGAAGUAAAUACUAAUUUUUCAGUUUAUACAAGCAUAUGCUACUUAAUACAAAGUUUUCGAUACAAUCAAUAACAAGCACAGUGCUAAGUAAUCAAAGAGUAUUUUGGUAAUUAAAGUAAUUAAAUGUAGGUAAUAUAAGAUAUAUUUUAUUGUUUUCAAUUACAAUAAUAUAUUAAUAUGUAUGUCAACUCAAAAAUUAAACUUAUUUGUUAUCUUCUUUAUCUUAAAGCAAACUUAAGAAAUAAUAAGCAUUAUUAUACACAACAGUGCAUCUACUUUCAAGACUGCAAUUAAAAUUUAUGUUUUUGCAUUUUUAAAAUGUUUAACAAUAAAAUAGCUGCAGGUAGAGGUAGAUAUAGGUAGCUACAAAAGUUACAAUGAUAUAAUAUUUAAUAUAUAUUUAUAUUUGUUUUAAAUAUUAAAGUAUUUAACCUACUUGUUUUAUCAUGUAUUUACGGAUAAUGGUUUGGA